AUGGACCACAAAACGCUGCAGAGGAGUCCAAGGAUGCCAGACAUCUGCUUCAAGCGGCAAAAUGGUCGGCUCCUUGUCCUCCUUCUCCGGGCAUCAGCUUUCAUAUUUGAAAUUUGGGAACUGCAAACUUGUGGCUGUUCCGUCGCGUCGUGCGAUCGCGCUCCCAUCACCUCGAGCCACGAUAAUGAGGAUACUUCAAUAAUUCCUACAGCUCUACGGCUUGGACCUCCAAACCAGGAGGAACUGUUCGAAUCCUACAGCUACUACUCCAAUCCCAAACCCCUACAAGGAAGAAUAUGUAUCUGUCGGACAGCAGGAGGAGUAAUACUGAGGAAGCGAAUGUUUCUCGCUCCCAUAGCCGUGAACCUACAACAGAAGUCAUCAAAUCACCUUCUUUCUCCAGGUCCAGAAUCGAAUUCCACGGCUACAGAGACAGAAGGUUUCUCCUCGGGACCUGAUUCGAGAUAUAGCGAGGUAGUGGUGCGGGAGAGGACUGCUGAGUCUUGGGUGCUGGGUUGGUGGAGACUGGGUGGAGCUUCCACGUGGGGUUCUGAGAAGAUGCUGGAGGCAUUGUCUUCGUUUUCGCCGUCUUCAUCUUCGUCUUCUGGUGAGGAUUCUUCUACUUCAUCUGGUGACUGCGGGAAAGUGGGUUUCCAUAAGCAGGAAAAUGGUAAGAUACAUGGAGAAAGAGAUGGAAUAAGAGUCCAACACAAGGAAACACAGUCAGGUCAGUCGCUGUGGUAUCACAACAUAAAGAGGCCUCAUCCUGCAGCAAGUAACUUUCCUUCUGUCAUCCGUCCUUGUCGACCUGUGUCUCGGCCACACACCAGUCGAUUUGGUGUGUUCUUUGUGGCCGGCUUCUUCCAAGCAGAUGAGGUAGUUGCAGUCUCUCCGCUCGCGACGCCAACCGUACGAUCUCAGCCCGCUUGAUGACCGCAACGCCGGCGUUGUGAGCGUUUAGAAGUUGAGCACUAAAAAGUGCUUACCUCUGACAACAACCCGCGCCUGCUUUGCCAAUGCCAAGCCCAUCACAGAAACACCAUGCUCAAAACACAGCCAAAGCCAACGGCGUGGCUCUUUUAGCCUCGGAGUGAAAAGCCGCCCUUCUUGCGGCCCUUCUCCUCGAUCGGCCGACCGCUUUCGAUUCGUGCCUUCUUCUCUUCGAGCUCUUGUCUCUGGCGGUCGAGUUGCUCCUUCAUCUCGCGAUGUCUGGCGUAGAGCUCUUCUUCACUUUGCUUCAGCUUGCUCUCCUUUUCUUGCACCUUCUGCUGGAAGACCAUCUUCAUCUCGAGCUCCAUCUUGGCGAGCUUCUGCUCAUGAAGUGAGCGCUCUUCCUCCUGCUUG